AAAAGCCCCCGGCCGGAAUUGGCUUCGUUAUCUGUUCUCACGUAGCGGAGCUCGUCAACUGUCAACACGGAUUCAGCACAAAAAAAUAAACUGCGCUGCGUUCUGUCACACGCUGAAGAAAAUGUUAGAAGCGGCGACAUUUCCCUCAACACCCCGGAAUAAAACUUUGUGUUUGUAGACUUUGUGACUGUGGUUGAGAGAUGCCGGUGGAGAGUGGAAGCAGCGCCGCCCGCCAGGCCAAGCAGAAGAGGAAGUCCCACAGCCUGUCCAUCCGCAGGACCAACAGCACCGAGCAGGACCGCUCCGGCCUGCAGAGAGACAUGCUGGAGGGACAGGACUCCAAACUGCCUCUGUCUCUGAGGAGCAAUCUGCUGGACCUGUUCAGUCAGAUCGAGAGAGAGUUUGAAAACCUCUACAUAGAAAACCUGGAAUUACGCAGAGAAAUCGAAACGCUGAAUGACCGUUUGACUGCAGAAGGACAGAAUUUCGAAGGGGCAGAUUUAGCCAAAGGAGCACUGAAAACAAAAGCGAGUCACAGCACGAGCCAGCUGUCACAAAAACUAAAGACGACCUACAAGGCUUCAACGAGCAAGAUUGUGUCCAGUUUCAAAGCGACCACGUCCAGAGCCGUGUGCCAGCUGGUCAGAGAGUAUGUCGGCCACAGAGACGGCAUCUGGGACCUGAGCGUCACCAGGACACAACCUGUGGUGCUCGGGACUGCGUCUGCAGACCACUCUGCCAUGCUGUGGAGCAUUGAGACAGGGAAGUGCCUCCUUAAAUACAUGGGCCACCAAGGAUCAGUCAACUCCAUCAAGUUCCACCCCACUGAACAAAUGGCUCUGACAGCCUCUGGAGACCAGACGGCUCACAUCUGGAGAUACAUGGUGCAGCUGCCAACUCCACAGCCUGUUGCUGAUAUCAACCAGCAGACACCUUGUGAAGACGACGUGGACUUUUCGGAUAAAGACGAGGCCGACGGCGAGGUCGAGGGUCCCAACGACUGCCCAUCUAUCCGCGUGGCGACCACAACUCUGCGCAGCCAUCAGGGCGUAGUGAUUGCCGCUGACUGGCUGGUGGGGGGCAAACAGGUGGUGACUGCCUCCUGGGACCGAGCCGCCAACCUGUACGACGUGGAGACCUCCGAGCUCGUCCACUCACUCACCGGCCAUGACCAGGAGCUGACCCACUGCUGCACACACCCCACCCAGCGUCUGGUGGUCACCUCAUCCAGAGACACCACCUUCAGACUGUGGGACUUCAGGGACCCGUCCAUCCACUCCGUCAACGUGUUCCAGGGACACACCGACACGGUGACGUCUGCUGUGUUCACGGUGGGCGACAACGUGGUGUCCGGGAGCGACGACCGAACCGUCAAAGUGUGGGACCUGAAGAACAUGAGGUCGCCCAUAGCAACCAUCCGCACUGACUCUGCUGUCAACAGGAUCAGCGUGUCGGUGACCCAGAAAAUCAUCGCUCUUCCUCAUGACAAUCGGCAGGUCCGGCUGUUCGACAUGUCCGGGGUGCGACUGGCUCGACUCCCACGAAGCAACAGACAGGGUCACCGUCGGAUGGUGUGCUGCUCCGCCUGGUGUGAAGACAACACCUCCUGCAACCUGUUCACCUGCGGCUUCGACCGGCAGGCCAUCGGCUGGAACAUCAACAUCCCCGCCCUGCUGCAGGAGAAAUGACCUCCACCUCCUGCUUCGGUCGCCUCACAGUGAAACAACACAAAAUCUUUCUCUUUGGAGCAUCAAACACUCACAUCCUGCAGGCUUUAAAAAGUUUACUCUCAUUCUUUUUGUCUAUGAAAACUUGUCACGCGUGUCUGACAAAAUCUGAGCAAUCACUCAAUGAGAGAAAACAUUUUUAGACUUUUAACAGCCGUCGUCUGAGUCUACAGGAGGUCAGUGUUUGACUUAAAGCUCCCUGAGGUCUGCCCUCCUCCAGACUGAGAAGGGCAGGAGAGAAAAAAGGACUUGCACUCGCUGUCUACUGCAUUUGUCACGCUCCCUAACUCACCGCCGCCAAUAUACAUGGAACACAUUUGUGUUGUUUCUUUUGCGUGGAAGUGUCUCCUCGCCAUCUAAAAGAUAAAAAACAAUCUGUUUUGGUGAUUUAAAAAAGCAAAAAGCACAGACACAUAACACAGGAGGAUUCUACUUCUCCUCUUUGUUGAAAACUAAAAUGCAGAACACAUUCUGCUGAUGCUGAAGAGUUAGACAUGUUGAUAAUGUAAUCGCUGCCACUAAUAGCAGAUUUACGAUUGGACGAAAACAGUAGUCUGAUGCUUGAAAAAUGAAAUGAAUCCACUAGUUUUUAAUUAAUUUUGGAUGUUUUCAGGAGCUAUACUUAAAUUUCCUGAUUUCUGUGACUGCUAAACAAUGGGGCAAAAUGGCACCAAAAGAAAGAAGGCCUCACUCUUUGAAUCUCAAAAAUUGAGAUUUGGCACCUGAGAUGCAUAGCUAAACAUCUAUAGCACAAUUUAAAACCAGCCAUCUUAUUCUAAGAGGUGCUCUCUCUUAUUCUCUCUUUGGUUCAGCAUUCAGAGGUUCAGCAGUCUCUAUGAUAAAGUAAUGCACCUUUUUGAAAAAAAUACUUACAGCUUUUCACAAUUUUUCUUUUUUGUUGCUGUUUUAGAAAAAAACGCCUCUGUACAUAGUGAACAAAGUCUCACUGCUGGUGAGUUUCAGCUGCUGGUAGAACUGUUGUCUGCACAGUCAGAAACUUUGGCACAUAAUGGUCCUAUAUUCUGUCGCAAAAAAAAAAAAUCCAAGAUGGUUGAUAAAGGAACUGAAAUCGUCUGGUUUCUAUUCUGUGCCGACCUGAAAAAAUGUGAGCAAAAACAGUUCCCGUGCUGGCUGUGCUGCUGAAUGGUUUCUCUCGAGUGUGGACACUCGUGUGUGGCUGGUAUGUUGUUCACCUGGAGACAGGAGCGUCCUGCUACAGAUCAGGAGUCUGGGUGGCUUUCAGAUUGAAACUUCACAAGCUUGAUAACAAAUAUUUUAAUGACUUCAAUAAGAGAGAGAACAUUAAUCCAGGUGGGUAUAAAGCAUGAUUUAUUCCAUCAGAGAGGGGCUGACUCUCAUUAAAAAUUAUUUGACACUUAAAUUAUUGUGUCAUCUGCAUAGCGAUAUAUCUAACCUGCAUGAGCUAAAAGACACAACUAUUAAAUUGGGGCUGCACCAGUUGUAAAAUUCUAGGCUGAUAUAGAUAUUUAAAAUAUAAAUGUGUCCAAGCGCUGAUACCCAUACUGUUUUGUUGUUGUUGUUUUUGAUGUUAUUUAAUCCCCUCUUUGUGAAAGGGAAACAAAGAAAUCUUAAUAGAAAAUAACUGAACUGUUUUAAAGUCAGCAAAUGAGCACAAAUAAAAUCAUACAGAUGAAACAAUCUGUAAUAUAGCCUUCUUUUAAAUGACAAUUAUUUUAUUUAAUUUUUUUUAAAUAUCUGCUUAAAAAGCCUUUUUAGUUGCUAAAUAAUAACCUACUCAAUGAGAAUUUUUUUCAGGACUCAAACAGCCUGAGAAAAUAUUCUUUUUGUCAAGCUUAAACUAAAUUUAAUUGUAAAGGCAAUUAGAAACAUAAAUAGGGCUAAAGUACCUCUUGUGUUUUUCAUUUAGAAUACAAUGUUUUGCAGACAGACAACCGAUGAAUCGGUGCAUCCCCAUAUAUCAUCAUAAAUAACUAUUAUAAAGCAUAUGUGAUUGUAACCUACAAGAGAAAUAAACAACUUAUUAAAUAGUUGCAUGCUUGAGACAAAGAUAGCUAACAGGAACAUAAAACAACCAAUCCAAACUGUGAUGAUCUGUACAGCAAUACAUUAACAAAAUGAAUGCUUCCCCCAUUGGGGAUCAAUAAAGGAAUAUCUUAUCUUGAUUAUAAAUGUUGCAAUAUGGCCUCCAGCCACCAGGGACAGCACUCACUGAGCGAGAUAACAUGUAUAAUUUGCACAAUUUGUAAUUAAAUUUAAAUUUUCAGUCUUCUUUAACAAAUAAAACCAAAACACGAGUGAUUUGAAAUGUUUAAGUUCAGUUUGACAGCCAUCCAGAUUUCCCAGUCACAGUGUUAUGGUUUCUCUUCGUUUCUCUCCACUGGUGUGGUCUCCCUUCAGUUUGGAUAUGUUAUUGUUAGUAACUGAAACUCUUACAUUGGUCACAUAUGUGGGCUUGCCAUCCUGUGUGGAGGCUUCAGUGUGUUGGUUUUGUUCUUUACUGAUGGAAAGUUCUCAGUGGUGGGGUUUUUUCUCCAGUAUGAUCUGUUGUGUAACUGGUCACUCACAGUGUUGAUGCCUGGACUGUGUUUCUAUUUCUGUGAAGCCAUGAACCAGCCACUGUGUAUCUCGUAGACAAAGAACAGUCAUCUCCCUGCCGUGUUGACCGUUUAUCAUUAGGGGAUGAUAAAUGCGGAGACAUUGUUCCAUCUGAGACUUGUGAGCGAGAAGGAAAGAUGAUUUCAGUGUUUCUGUACGAAAUCUGUAGUCUCUAAGAGUAACACCUGUUGAAAUGGUUGUUAGGCAGGGCUGGGUACCAAAACACAAUACUUAUAGUGCUACGUAAAACUAACUUUUGUUUAAUUUUAAAGGACUAUGUGGACUCAUAAGGUGGUAUUUUUUGUGUUUUUCGCCAAGUCCCUGCCUCUAUGUGCUGUUAUUGGCCAAUUACUUUUAGCAAUGUUUCUUCACAGUGUGUGGAAGAAGCAUUCAUUUUUCUUCUAGCUGGUUAGCUAGCUUUCUUGCUAAUCCAUCUUUAGGGCCAAAGUCCACUCUUCUCUCAGCAAAAUAGUCUCCGAGAGGUGGCUAGUAAGUAACUGUUGGCCUCAUUUUCUGUAGGAGUGCAGGGUAAAAGCUUAGAAAACUAGCCGUCUGCUAGUAAGCUUGCCAUGCUACACUGACUGCAGAAAAUGUGUUGAAGAAAGUUCUUAUCUGGCAAUAGAUACUACACUGACAAGAAGAGUGUUUGAAUGAAGCAUGAUUUAGUGGCUGGCUAGUUAGCUAACUAAAAAAGUUCUUACAGCCCCUUUUUCAAUUUCAGACCCUUUUUCAGAAACCAAGGACACUUUUUUAGGAACUAAAAACCUAAUCUGCAAUUUGAUCAAAGUAAUCUGUGUCUAAAUUUCCUUCAUGGCCUGCAAAAGUCUGGUGGUAGUACUUUAAAGUGUCUCAGAAGCUGUCAGGGUCGACGAUGGGUAGUCCUUUAGUGUUUUGUUUUUUUUGUAUCAAAUUUGAAAUGUUUCAUAACUGAUGUUCCUCAGAUACCCAGCCCUGCUGUUGAACCAAUACUUGACAUGAUUGUAAAAAAAACUUCUUCUUUUUUCUAGUUUAUCGCAGUGCCCUUUAGUCAUUAGUGUUAAAACACUGUUGUGGGAUUCUGUCAGUGUCAUAUUUGUUAUGGUACUUAAAAGGAAAACUAGUGAAACCUUCGUGAGGAGUGUCGUGAUGCGUUCGCUGUCACUUGCUUUGCUGCUUUCCCACUGCCACUAAAAAACAGCCAAAGCUGCAUUUAAGUGAAUGGGAGAGGCUGUGAUGAUGAUGAUGUGUGUGUGUGUGUGUGUGUGUGUGUGUGUGUGUGUGUGUGUGUGUGUGAUACAAUCAACGUCUAAAAACGUGUUUAAUGUGAUAACAGGCAGUUAAAAGUUUUGACUGCAGUACAACUUGAUGUACUCUGUUGUACUUUGUUGUACUCGUGAGUUAUAGCAUUAACACGACAAACAAGCACAGUUCAUUUCAAACCGAUUGUUUAUGAGUCUAGCUUUAGAUUUGUGGAGCGUUUUGCUGGUUUGUAACAAAAGUGUUCAUUUAAACAAUUACAUCGACAUGAUGAAUAUUUCUGGGUAAAAAAAAAAAACAUUUUUUGUGGAUACCAAUACAGUUUAUCUGUGUUUAUAUUUUUUAACACUUUACAGCUGCCUUUUUGCACUAUAUUAACCCAGUUAAAUGUAUUUCUAACAAAAGAAAAUUCAUUUGUUUCUUGAAAUAUAUUUGGAAAAAUGGCACUUGGCUACUCAACUGGCUAUUUCGUCUUUUUCAGACCAAAAAAAUAUACAUUUAGGUGUUUAUUUUGUGACACUUUAUCUACUUAAAUUGUCUUUUCCCUUUUCACCUGUAGUGUCCCUUAAGCCCCUUUAUGUUUCCUUUACAUAUAGAAAUAGAUGCAUCUAUUUCAAACAAUUUAACUGGAGCUUUUUUUUCUCCUCAAAAAGUAAAAAAUUCCAACAUGCAAAAAUAGGGACGAAAUAAACACAGAGUAUGAACAGAAUGCUGCAUCUGUGUCUAAUAUAAAUGAGCAUAAAAGAGCCCUUAAGAUCAAAUAAAUGGAGAAUUCCAGUAAACUAAAAUGAUUACAGUAUUUGUCAAAAGGUAAAUGUAAAGUGUUAACCUCCUCUUACUUUAAAACAAUAACAUUUGUACCAUAUACAUUGUAAUAUAUGAAGAAAGAUGGCCAGUUCUGGCUGUACAGUGUAAUUCAGCUGCAGCAGUUUUAUUAGCUUUGAUAACUUGAUGACAGGAUUCUGCGUUUCUUUUUGUUUUUAUUUCACCGCUUCAUGAUGGAUGACGUUAAUAUAUCUUCAAAGGCUUUACAUUCACAUUAAACUGAGUUAUUUUUGUCAUUUAUACCAGAGAUAGAGAAUGUAGUUCAAAAUUGUUUAUCAAUUUUCCCGAUUAAUGUAAAAAAUUUCAGCCGCAAGCUCAAAUUUCCUAAAAAAAAAACUUUAAGUUUUGUAUAUUGUGUUAAGAAAAAAUACAUUUUUGUAUGAAUUUGUUAUUUAUAUUAGGUCACAGGAGGAAAUUUUGCUAUUUUUGACUGUAGGAAACACUUUUGCCCACGUCUUUUCUCUUCAUUCACCCUAGCUGCAUUAGGCGGUAAAUAAAUGCAAUUUUGAUUUUUUUUAAAAGUAGUCAUCCCUGGUUUAACUGACAAAACAUUUUGUUUGUGUGAAGGAAAUUUAAAAGCUUUGUGUGAAUCAGUUGUCUAUCCAGAACUGUUUUAAACAAGUUUCACUGCACUCAGCUGCAUUUCUUUCUUCUUUUUUUUUACCAACACUGAGCCACUCUGCUGCCACAUUCAUAAUAAUGUUAAUAAUGUGCAGUCACACUCAGUUCUCACUCUGAAUCACAAUUAAAAAAAAAACAGAUCACAUCAUCACUGAGCAUCGGCCAUCUCAACUCCACCGUUGUGACGCCUUGUGAAACUGUGGCUCCUUGGUGUUUACAGUGUUUCGUGUGAUCAAAGUGGUUGAUGUAGAACAAAACACCACAGCUCAGUUCUCAGAAGAAAAAAAUAAAAGCCUGUUGGAUCGACUUGACAGCAGUUUUGUGGGUCAUAGCUGUGUAAUAAGGAACAAGCGUCUGCUUGUGAAAUCAAAAUAAACCAUUUGUGCUGUUUGAACGUU